AUGAUGCUGUUAACAUUCCUCCUCAUUCAAGCCUGCGGCCUUGUGUCUGCCCAAGUUGUCUCUCCCUACCCGGUAUCAGACUGUGGCGGUGGCAUAGCAGGCACGGAGCUUCAAUGCCCCGAUCAGCCCGGCUGCUGCUCGGGUGGUGCAAUGUGCUGCGCCGGCGGCUGUUGUCCACUAUCUGCCAUUUGCGUCAAUAGUGGCACAUCUAAUGAGCAGUGCUGCGACCUCUCGGAUAAGUCUCUCUGUGGAGCAGCUGUUACUGACUCGUCUCCUGCGUGCCCAACUGCCCCCGGCAUCCAUCCGUCAAAGCUUUGCGUCGGGGUUGACAGUGACUGGUACUGUCCUUGGGAUGCUGUAUGCAACAACGCAGGCGGAGGCUGCAUCGGUGGAAGAGCCAAAAGGGACAAUUGCAAUGGACAGGCAACAGAGACGGCAGUGGAAACUGCAGAAGAGACUGCAGCAGAGACAGAGUCGGACUCUUUCACGGAUGACUUCGCAACCACUACGGAAUCCUCAGCUCUUAGUACUGCGGUAGAUACGUCGGCCUCUCAUUCAGAGACCAAGAGCUCACUUGCUGUGUCUCUCUAUAAUUUGCCAACCGUAGUACUUACUGUCGCUUUUAUCUUUGCAGCAUAUUAG